AAAAAACAAGGAGGAGGCCACGUCAGCGAGAAUAAAAAGGGACAAAAUAAUAUGAAACGCUGGAAAAAGCUUCAGAAUUUGGUUUUGUUUUAGAGAGAGAAAGAGAGAGCACAAAAAAUCAGAGGAGAGAGAAAACCCACAUAUAUAUACAUACAUAUAUACAUACAUACACGCCGAUACGUAACCUUUUCAUCAUCCGUUUUUUUUUAUAUAUAUUAAUAAUUAAUUAUUAUCAGAUCUUUCGUUUUCAUUCGAUCUCCAUUGCGAAGGAUUCUUCUCUCGAGGAAAUUCCGCUGUACUUUUUUCGGGAAACUUCGAUUUUUUUUAAGGUUUUUUUUUUUUUUUGGGGGAACGAGAGGAAUCAAUGCUAUACAGGCUUCUGCGAUUGCGAUCUAGCUGAGAUUGAUACUAGGGUUUAUUUCUACUUGAGAGGUUUGUUUCGGGACCUGAAUGCCUUGAAUUUUGAGGAUCAGAUAUUUUCUCCGUUAGCCUCUUCCUUCUGAACCUGACCGAAAUGUCAGAAGGACUAGAGGUGCAUGAUGAAACAAGAGAGAGGAAAUCAGAUUACGAAUACUCUGAAGACGAAAGAAGGAGAUCAAAGAUUGGGUCUCUGAAGAAGAAGGCCUUAAAUGCUUCAACCAAGUUCACCCAUUCUCUCAAAAAAAGAGGGAAAAAGAAAGUUGAUUUUAGAGUGCCUUCAGUUUCUAUUGAAGACUUGCGUGAUCCAAGGGAGGAGAGUGCUGUCUGUGAACUGCGUCAAAAACUAAUUGACAGCGAUUUAUUGCCAGUUAUACAUGAUGACUAUCAUACUCUGCUGAGAUUCUUGAAAGCUAGAGAUUUCGACAUUAGUAAGACAAUCCAGAUGUGGGAGGAAUUGCUUGAUUGGAGGAAGGAGUUUGGAGCAGAUACCAUCCUGCAGGACUUCAAAUUCGAGGAGCUGGAAGAAGUCUUGGAGUAUUAUCCUCAAGGGUAUCACGGAGUUGAUAGAGAAGGCAGACCUGUUUACAUCGAAAGGCUUGGAAAAGCUCACCCAAGUAAACUAAUGCGCGUCACUUCAAUUGAAAGAUACGUAAAAUAUCAUGUUCAGGAAUUUGAGAGAGCUAUAAACGAGAAGUUCCCAGCUUGUUCCAUCGCUGCUAAGAGACGGAUCUGCUCAUCAACUACAAUUUUGGAUGUACAUGGCCUGGGGAUUAAAAAUUUCACGACGACUGCCGCUAGUCUAUUGGCAGCCGUGACAAAGAUUGACAAUAAUUAUUAUCCAGAGACUCUGCACCGCAUGUAUGUUGUUAAUGCUGGAACUGGUUUCAAAAAGGUCCUUUGGCCUGCAGCACAGAAGUUUCUGGAUCCAAAAACUAUUGCAAAAAUCCAUGUUUUGGAUCCGAAAUCUUUAGGGAAGCUACUGGAAGUCAUUGAUCCAAGUCAAUUGCCCGACUUUUUGGGUGGAUCAUGCACCUGUAAUGUUGAGGGAGGUUGCCUCAGGUCUAAUAAGGGUCCUUGGAAUGAUCCUGAAAUAAUGAAGCUUGUCUAUGAUGGUGAAGCAACUUGCAUGAGGCAGAUUGCCAAAGUAGCUAGUGAUUGGACGAAGUUUGACUCGUAUGUACGAACCCGGUCACAGAAGGGACGAUCCAGUGAUACAUCUCUAGCUGAAUCAGGAUCCGACGGGGAUGAUCCUUGCUCUCCAACCAGACGAAAUAGUAAGGUGAUUUCACGAUUGACCCCAGUUCAUGAAGAAGCCAAAACAUCAGAUCCAUGUAUCUACUAUAGUUGCGAAGAUCAUUUCGGUCCAGUUGAUAGAGAUAGUGACAAUGAACAAGGAGCGGAAGAUGAGUUUUUCUACAUGAAUGUUGCUGGAAAUUCAAAUAGCAAUGCAAGACCAAAUGGUACAUUGGUUAUGUAUUGGUUGGAUUCCAUCCAGGAGAAAGUUGUGAAGAGAGGUUUCCGAUAUAUGACAAGAACUUUAGUAUCAAUUAUGCUCAAGCUUUUUGCACUUAUCCAAAAUGCACGUGUCGAAUAUUGGAGGAGAAGAACCAACAUAUAUCCAUCCAAUGCAUUGGAAAACGAACUGCAAUCAAACAGCCGUUUGCCUACUAGUGUAGAAGCUUCUGCUAGUGGAGAGGAUAGGGUCCUUCCAUGUGUUCAGCGUCUUCAGAAACUCGAGAAUUUGUUGAAAGAGAUCGACAAGAAGCCUGCUGAAAUUCCAGUGGAGAAGGAACAAUUGCUUCUUCGAUCUAUGGACAGGAUCAAGUCUGUUGAGUUUGACCUCGAGAAGACCAGAAGGGCAUUAAAUUCUACAGUCCUGAAGCAGCACGAGAUUGCCGAGUUACUGGAAAAUAUACGGGAGUCAAAAUUUCAUCGCCGAAGAUUUUUCUGUUAAGUUGUGGAUGGUUCGAAUUGUUGUACAGACACCUUCAUGCCCGUUUUUCCUUAUUCCCGAAUGGUAGUAAAGCUGCAACUGCAAUUCUAUGAAAAUAUUUCUCGGUCAAAGUAUUGAGAUCGGUAAUUAUAGGUUAAAAACGCUUUACAGUCUUCCUCGUUUAGGAAAGGAUGCAAAGCCAUAGUCCGUAGAGCCGUAAGUACUAAAACGAGCCCUGUAAAUGUAAAUGAAUUUAUCGAGAUUUAGUAUAGGAAUAUGCUUC